UUUCAAACUCCCACCGAGGCCAAAAAAUAAUUAAAGAGCUGCAAUAUUGUCCCAUGGCCGAUCUCCCGGCGGCGUCCGACCCGACCCGAAUAGCAGAAGUGAAAGCAUGGCUCUCCUCUCAAUUCGACGCAGUGGGUAAAGAUGUACCCGAAUUCGAAUAUACCCCUCGCGCCGUUGCUUAUUUACACAAUCUUGCCACUCUCUCUCAAUCCAAAACUCACGCUUCUUCAAUCGUUGCCAAUGAUUUUCGCAUCAAAGCUUCUGAGUAUCGAUCCCAAGCUGCGAGAAUUAGGGAGAUACUCGAAAAUGCUGGAUUAGCGCAAGAGAGUUUACAGGCGAAUGUUGUGGCAUCAGCCCAAGUGCUUGCUAAUGUUGCGAAUUUGUUGAAUGUUAGAGAUACCGAGUCGAGUAGUUUUCUUGUAGCAAUGGGGGAUAUAUCUUUAAGAAAGACUGGAGUAGAGGAGAAGAGGGCUAAAGUACAGAAAGAGUUUAAGGUUCUUCUUGAUUUUACGCGGAAGGCGAUUGCCAGGUUGACAUAUUUGAAAAGAACACUUGCACAGCUGGAAGAUGAUGUAGCUCCUUGUGAGGCUCAAAUGGAGAACUGGAACACUAACUUGCAUGUCAUUGCAUCGAAAGAGCAGCAGUACCUGCAACAACAUGCCAACUACAAGGCAAUGCUCAAUCGAAGAGGUUACACCCCGGAUAUAAGUCACGGAGUGUUGGUUCAGAUGGCUGAGCAUAGGAAGGAGUUAGAGAAGACGACGAAGCCUAUCAUGGAUACACUGCGAAGCUACCAAGACUUGCCUCCUGAUAAAGCUUUGGCUGCAUUGGCGAUUGAGGACAAGAAGAGGCAAUAUGCAGCUGCUGAGAAGUAUCUUGAAGAUGUAUUGCAGUCGGCACUUGCCACUUCAGAGUAAUGUGCUAGUGGUUGAAGUUGGAAGUUUUGUGGUUGAACCUCCUGUACACACCACCUUUCAGCCAAUAUGUGUUAAUUUAUUGGGCCAGCUGGCUGGUAAUAUCACAUUAAUGCUUUUUAUCUAGUAAUAUUUGUUGUUUCAUUGUACCAAAGUGAAACAAUUAUAUGAAUGUUUAAAAAUAUCGAUCCAGUUCUGUGAAGCUUGUAGUUCUAGUUUUAAAGCCAAUGGAACUGUUAUAUUAAUCAUUGUUACAAAUACAUGACAUGUGUGCUUUACUUUACUGCUGCAUGACCGAUGGUCUUUUUCUUUUUCCCAAAUAACCGAAGCUCUAUCUAGUAGCAAAGAAAUCUGCAUAUGGAGUACACAGAAACAGAAGAGAAUUCAACAGAAAAGAAAGCUUGUCCUGUUGUUUUCAGUUAUUGUGCCUGACCCUCAACUGUCGAGACUUUCCACUUUACCAAUCCUUAAAUGAACAGGAAACACCACAGUUUUGCUUUGUGUUCCAUCUUCAUUCCAAGCUCUAGCAAACUCUUCAAUUACUCUGUCAUUCAAGAGCUCGACACCUUUAUCUUUAGCCGUCUGAUAUGAGGACCAUGACCUAUUCAUCCAGGCUCAUCAAGCUCUCUGUCUUGAACUGAAAUGGACCUGUAUCAUCCAACCCUUCCACAUGCUCAAAAGGGAAAUCAAUGCUUCUAUACUCAUUAUCCACCUUCUUACGCGCUGGAUCCCAGCAAGGUUCAACAUCAACAGCGUAGUACGGUUUGAAGACAGCAUCGACGGCCACAUUAACCUGUGGCAUAGUGUAAGACCAAGCUGCAAUGACUCCAUGUGUCUCUGUAUUGUUAUUUGUUGGUAAAGUUUGAAUCUUUGUUGGAUUGCUCUGACCCCUUUUUGCAUUGCUGUAGUUGUGUUUGUAAUCUAUGUUUGAUCUGUUUGGUCUACUUGUGAGUUUUUGGAUAUUAAAGGUUGGGGAUAUUGUUAAAUUUUGGUUGGAUUGUGACUUUUCUGUGGUUAAGAUUUUAACUUCUAGAACUAGAAUAAAUUCAACCUGAUAGUGUUUCUGUUUCUGGUGUCCAUAAUUUCGUUGUUUACUGUUUCAGCGCUACUGCAUGUAUAAUAUUACGCUUGUAUAGCUUUUAUUUGCCUGAAACAUAUGAAAGGUAUUAUAUUGUAAUAUGUAGUUACAUAAAUGUGCCUUGAGUUUUUAAUGUGCCAUUUAAAUUUAGAUUACUGUCAUGCUUAUUUGGAAAUAUUUUUCCCUGUGUCUUUUGCAUUAUUGAUUUUUAUUUUUUAUUUUUUGCUUCCCGGUGAGAUGCAUGGAUUUUUUUGGAUUUGGUUUUGUUUGCCAUGGUUGAUGUGCUUUCUGAUUUAAGAUGGUUUGAUUGAUUUUAAUAUGCCUGACUCGUGCUUAUUAUGUGCUUCUUAUGUACUGGUAUACUAGAUACUCAAAUUGUAAGGCUAUAAGCCAUAUUAGUCACACACAAAAAAAAUGUACUGGUAUACAAUGCUUUGUGUUAAUGUUUUUUGUGAUGUCAACCGCAGAUUUUAGUAGUUUUCUGUGACCAGGGAAUCGUUAAAGUGAGUCAAGUCCGUAGCAUUGCAGGGCAGAUAACGAACAAGGAGUCAUUGAGUCGGUUAAUUGUAGUAAUUCAGAACAGAAUAACAGACCAGACUAUGAAAAGUUGGGAUCUGUUUUCCUUCAAAGUUGAAAUAUUUCAAAUUACCGACUUACUAGUUAAUAUCACAAAGCAUGAGCUAAAGCCAAAGCAUCGGGUGCUAACAAACGAAGAAAAAGAGGAGCUCCUAAAAAAGUACAGUGUGGACAAAAAGCAGCUUUCUCGUAGAACAGUAAAAGAUGCUAUUGCCCGAUAUUAUGCCCUUGAGAAGGGGCAGGUGUUGGAAAUAACAUACAAUGGCGAGAUUAGCUGAGUUUAUGUUACUUAUCGCUGUGUUUGGUGAUGUCCAUGUGUGUAAUGUACUGUCGUAGGUAUCAUCCCUUUGUGAGGUUAGGAGUUGUGUCAGUUCCUGUUCUGGAUGCAAAGAGGGUAGUUUGGUUUCUACGCUAAUGCUGUUUUUAGACUGUGCUGGAUACUUGUGUCGUUUAAGACACAAGUGGAGUUGCACUUGUAAUUGUAGAGUUGGUGCACUGAAAAUUUUAAGGUUUUUUAUAUUUGGUAUUCUAAAUUUCAUUAAUCUUUUGAUUUCAUAA